UUUGGCUGUCGUGAUUGUUUUGGCCUCAUUAUGUGUCUUUUUAGUAUUCUUUAUACUGUGUUUGUAUCGCAUCUACCUGAAGAAACUCGUUGUUGAAAAAGAAUCUUUGACGGAAAGCUUACUUCCCACUAUAUUCUCCAUUGUCCCCCAACAUCUCCCAUCUCAAAUGUAUGAAGAAAUAGAAAAUCAUUACGAUCCAACGAAAUAUCGAACGUCAAAUCAUAAGAACUCAGAUACGUAUGCAAGCUCGGAGUAUGUAGAAGAUAACGACAUCAGAGCAAUUCAUGCUUUUAGAAGCCCAAAUAUUUCAAAAAAGUUUCGAAAGACUUUACGUCGAAAUUAUGAGAGAAAUUUUAGGAUGUCGCGAUCACUGGAUGAUCGUUUACAGCUUGCGUCUGAAGACAUUUUGCCAAAUAUUUCGCAGAGCCAACACUCCAAACCAUAUUACGUAGCAACUUCAAAGAAUACUUUCAGCUCUAUCGAUAAUAUAUCCAACGAACAAAUCACGGAGAGCAAUUCUUGGUUUAUGGAACAGUCAUCGUUGGGUGAAGUCUUGGUAUCUCUGUGCCAUAAUCCAUCAAAAGGCUUAUUAACAAUCAAAAUUCUACAUAUCCAAGGACUGAAACCCAUUUCCAAAAAUGGAACAAUCAAUCCCUUCAUCAAGAUAAAAGUUUACAAUGAUGGAAAGAGAAUAUACAGUAAGAGAACCAGCACAAAGUACAACAUGAUGACGCCAAAUUUCAUGGAGUCUUUUGACGUUAUCGUGUCGAAGAACAGAAUGGCUAAGACAGCCAUUAUAUUGAAGAUUUCCCAUCGCUCCUCCUGUGCAUUAUAUAAAAAUAUAACAAUAGGAGCCGUCCUUAUAGGUGACCAUUUUCACUUUUCACAUGAACACUUCAUGUUACAAAAAGCAAUGGAUCACUGGGCGACCAUUAUGAAGAAACCAAAUGUCGACAUCGAGGAAUAUCAUCCAAUUCAAGCCUGUUUGUCUUGA